AUGGCUUCCACGCGCUCCCAGACCGGCAACUCCAAGCCGCGCACCGUCCCGAACGCGGACACGGGCGCCGACACCACCAAGGCGAGCACCAAGAAGGGUGCCGGCACGGGCGCGAAGAAGGCCGGUGUCAAGAAGACGGCCGCGUCGGCGAAGGCGAACACGUCUAAGCCGCGCGACAAGAAGACGGCCACCGGGCGCGUCGCAAAGUCCAAGUCCCCGGCUGCGGCUAAGAAGAGCGCGCCUAAGGAGAAGGCUGAGGAGGUUGCAAAGGCUGCCGAGGAGCUUAAGGAGAUGGUGGAGGAGAUGCACGAUGACGAUGAUAUGGAACCGGAGGAGACUGAGCCUGCUGAGAAGGCUGCUGAGAAGCCCGCUGAGAAGGGGAAGAAGAAGGCCCCGGCGAAGAAGGCUGCCACUACCAAGAAGGCCGCCGCGAAGCCCAAGGCUCCCAAGGCCGUCAAGGCGGCUGCAUAA